AUGAAGAUUCCCGACCGCAGCCAAGAGACAAAUGAGACUUGCUUUGUCGGCAACAGAUGUAAACCGACCAACAUCUGUGGCCUCUUAUCUCAGGAACACCGACUGGAAGACCAACAACACAAACGUCAACAUCAACGGCGACAUCACCACUUAGACCGUCAUCAACAACAGCAGCAAGAACAUCAAAAAGAAACAUCACUAACAACAGUGCCCAUGAACAACAACAUCAACAUCACUGCCCAUAUCAUCAAAAUUAAGAUCAGCACCCGCGUGUCAGCAGCUGCAGCAUCACCAACAGUAACGCCACCACCAACAGUAACAACACCAGCAACAACUUCAACAAUAACGCCACCACCAACAGUAACAACACCAGCAACAACUUCAACAAUAACGCCACCACCAACAGUAACAACACCAGCAACAACUUCAACAGUAGCACCAGCACCACCACCACCACCACCACUGCAACAGGAACAUGACCAACAGCAGCACCCACGGCCUCACCAGCACCACCCACACAGGGACGACCGACACCGAGCUAAUUAA